AUGGUCGAGUCGGGAUGGGUCCUGUCAACUAGCUUGACAUCACUCCUCACAGUGCAAAGUCUCCAGCCAACUGUUAGCGAUGUAGCGGAGUUGAUAAAGAGAGGGGAAAACGUUGGGAACCAACAGGGCUCUUUCGUUGUUGGAAUCUUGAAACAAUUAGGUUUCAAGGACAAAAAUCUACUGGUUUAUGAUUCUGUAGAAGAAUGUGACGCCCUUUUUCAAAAUGGAACAGCAAAUGUCGGCAUAGCUGCUGCUUUUGAUGAAGUCCCAUACAUUAAAGUGUUUCUGGGAAAAUAUUGCUCCAAAUACUCCAUGGUUGACCCAACAUUUAGAACUGCUGGUUUUGGCUUUGCCUUCCCGCUUGGUUCACCUCUAGUCCCUGAAAUUUCCAGGGCGAUCUUGAAUGUGACCAAGGGAGCAAAAGUGAACGAGAUUGAAGAUGCAUGGUUCAAGAAGAACAGCAGCCGGACCCCAGCAGCUUUGUUUCUUCGCGUCUUGGCCUUGACAGUUUCUGGGGGCUGUUUCUCAUUGCCGGCAUCGCUUCAAGCUUGACUCUCAUCAUUUCCACGGCCAUUUUCCUUUACGAGCACAGGAAAGUCUUCAAAGAAUCGGGGCCCAGAUCGUCAUUAUGGACAAGGAUUCGAACUUUGUUUAGAAUCUUUGUUUCAAGGGACCUCAAUUCCCAUACUUUCAAAGAAAAAACUGGCAUCCAAGCCCACCAUAGUUUGGGGGCAGCCACUAGUACUACACCUUCUCCAUGCACUCGCUACCCAGCAAGUCCCCCAAGCUUUUCACAGCACACAGAUCAGAAUUUUGCUUUCGACGGAGAACAAAGAACACCUUCAACUGAGCUUGGAAAUCCAAACCCUAAUCCAUAUGAUCAAGCAGUUCAAGAUAUUGUGCCUGUAGAAGAGCACAUUAACCCAGAUCAAGAAAGAGCCUCAACUCCCUAAGCUGUUUGUGAAAAUAAAUCAUGUAGAUAUUCUUCAUGGCUCAAAUGACACUAGCAUAGUUACUGAUGGAAAGUUAGAAUAAAUCCCAGUUAUACUGGAAUUAAUUUGGUCAAUUAUUCGUUGUAAUUAGUUGUAAUUUCCUGUUUUGUUCCUGAUUUGUAGUUUCUGUUUUAAAGGUUAGUUUCCUUUUUCUGGUUUUUUUCCUAACACUAGGGAAGACUCUAGUCCAUAUAUUGUAAUCUUUCGCUUGUGAAAAUCAACAAAAAGUAUUAAUUUCUGCAAA